GGCGCCGCAGGAAACUUCCUCGCCCCCAUAUCUGGGCUGUCCGAAAAUGCAUUCAGAACGGUCGUCGAGAUCGACACAAUUGGGACGUACAACACCAUCAAAGCGACCAUCGCUCAGCUGCGCCUAACAAAGGGCGCGUACAUCCACGUUAGCGCUAUGCUGCACUACAAGGGAACACCCUAUCAAGCCCACGUUUCCGCCGCCAAGGCCGGUGUCGACGCGCUUUCUGCGGUCUUAGCUGUCGAAGAAGGACCUCACGGGGUGCGGUCCAAUGUCAUAGGACCGGGGCCCAUUGCCGGGACGGAGGGAAUGGAUCGGCUCGAAGGCAAAGGCGCCGGCUCGGUGGAGAUGCUGUUCCCAUUAGGACGCAUGGGGGCGAUUUCUGACAUCGAGAAUGCUACUGUGUAUCUGUUUAGUGACGCGGCAUCCUACGUCACGGGACAGAUACUCUGCAUAGAGGGCGGUACCGAGCAUCUGCGUACACAGGUUGUGCCUUAUCCCCUCAGCGUCCUCGAGCCUGAGAAGGUCCAGGCGAUGAUCAAGGGCAAGCUUUGAAAUUCAUGUCUGUUUGAUGUUCUCGAUGAACGCGCAGCUUCGUCUCAAGCAGAGAGUGAGCUCGAAAAAGUGGAAGCAUGGGGAGGGCAAAGAAGUGGACUCGAUGUAUGCAUCGGAUACGCCAACGGUUUGGUCAAAACCAUCUGCUAUCCGGGCCAACCAUUUUGCACACGAAUACCGGAUAUAGCAGCCCGCCUGCUUGAAUCUGGUUUAAACGUGGGAAGUGAGCACAUGAGGAGGCGCCCUAACCCUGCUUCUCGCCUCCCGCUUGUGUUCCUCGAAGGUUACAACAUGGAAAGACUUGGGCAUCGAGCUGUGGACGGCGGCACACCGGAUGUCUUUUCUUACCAACUCCCCACCAUGAGCGAGUCACUGGAAGAAGCCGACCGGCUCAAUGAGCAGCAUGCCUGUUUCCGAAUGUACCUGGGUGACACCAAAUUAUCCUAUGCUCCUCUGGAGCAACUCGAGCCUCGCAGAAUCCUCGAACUUGGAUGCGGCACUGGCAUCUGGGCUACUGAAGCGGCCAAGAUGUUUCCAGACGCCCAAGUUGUGGCAGUUGAUAGUGCGGCCAUGUCUGAGCAGGCCCUUCUGCAGCUUCCGGGGAACGUCUCGUUCCAUCAAGCGUCCAUCCUCGACUAUCUGAACUCGAAACCGCCUUUAUCCGAUGUAGUGCAUGCUAGGAUGGUGCUCAUGCAUAAUCCCAAUCCUGAGGCCCUCAUCGACGAAAUGGCCGCCACAGUCAAACCCGGCGGAUAUCUACUCAUCGAGGAUCCGGAUUUCAGCUCCUUGAUCGCCACGGGAGGACCAAGCAUGGUCCGCUUGAUGGCCAAGUGGACCCAGAUGUGGCGUGACAAGGGAUGUGACGUCCAGAUCGGCAAGAGGGAGGCGGAUCUCCUUCGCUCAACGGGUGCCUUUGCGCAAGUCGGGUCAACGAGGAUUCCCAUGCCUCUGGGCGGGGACUCGUCCUCUGCGGAUCCCGCACUCAACCGAUUGGGAGCAAGUUUUGCAGUACCUGUCAGGAAUGCGGCGUUGACGCUAGUGCGAAAGUGGCAAGAACCGGGCUUGGCGGAAGAGACGGUCCGCGACAUGGAUAUGGGAGGGGCGACAAUGGACUUUUACUUUGCUUGGGCGCGCCGAGUUGACUAGUGCAAACACGAGGGUCUCUAGGUCUCGCUGCUGACAUGAGCACUACGGCGAAGCUUCUCUUGUACAUACAAGAGUGCAACACAUUGGCCUACGCACUUCCAAGCCACUGUCACUCAGACGCUAGUCCAAAACCCAAUAGCCGGGACCGACGAAGGCGGCUGCUGGACAUCGGCACACACCCGACAUGAAUGCCUUUUUCGGCCACGAGAAUGGACAAUCUUAUCAGCUGCGGGGAUUGUGUGGAUUCGAACCUAAACAAGAAUGGCCGACCGGUGAUAAGAAGACGCGUGGGGAGGGCAGAGGAAGGACACGGCGCGAUGGAUACUCCCGCUUCCCCUGCUGUCUCCGAGUACCCACUGCCCAACAUGGCGGAAUCAGCGACCGAAUCCACCCGGUAUAUGCUGCGCGCGCGCUGCACUCGUCAUGCACAGCUCACUGCUCACCAGCCUGGAUGAACAGCAUGAGGCGAUCCAGGCAUAUCUCGGUCACGACAAAUUGUGUUAUGCUCCGCUGGAAGAACUAGUGCCUCGCAGAAUCUUGGAACUUGGCUGCGGCACUGGGCUUUGGUGCGAUUGCUAUUUACGUCCGAGAGUUCCUUGACAUCAUGACCCCUCUUCAGGGCCACUCAAACAGCCAAGGUGUUUCGGAGCGCACACGUCGUCGCGGUCGAUAGUUCGGCCAUGAGCUCGCGGUCUCUCAUGCGGCUUCCCGAGAAUGUGUCGUUCCACCAAACUUCUAUCCUCGACUAUCUUGACACGCACCCUGAUUCCUUCGACAUUGUCCACGCCCGCUUGGUUCUCAUGCAUAAUCCCAACCCUGAAGCUCUCAUCAAUCGAAUAAUCGGAGUGCUCAAGCCCGGAGG